AUGGACUACACCCUCAGUGACAUGAUGCACGGUCGUCACAGCCGCGGCCAUCUGACGGAGGCCCAAACAAAGGCCAUAGCCUUUCUAACACUGCAUGCUCUGGUGGACCUUCAUGACAGGAUUGGCAUGGUGCACGCUGACCUCAGCCCCUCCAACAUUUUUUUGCGUGCUACGGGGGAAUUGAAGCUUGGUGAUUUAUCCAGUGCGAUACCUGUGGAUGCGGCGGUAGACUACUUUAGCGGCACCUUCUUGUACGCCGCCGUGGAGGUGUUGAAGGACCGGCAGUUGGCUUCAAACCCAAGCAGCGAUAUAUGGGCCCUCGGUGUGACGUUGCACGAAUGUGUAAGCGGCAGACACCCAUUUGCUGAGGCAUCUUGCGGGAAUUUUUGGGAAUUUUUGUCGCUCCUGGAGACUGCAAUGCGAGCUGGACGCCAACCUGUGCGUUUACCACGUAUUAGCCAAGGCUUUUACCACGUCCUAAGUGCCAUGCUUCGCUGGGAUCCCGCUCAGCGGCCCAGUGCUCGCUCGCUUCUGAAGCACAUGUGGUUUUCCCAAUACAAUGUCACUAGUGCCCAGCGGGAGUUAUGUAUCGUGUCCCCUUGA